UUCUUCUUUUCACGUUCGGUUUUAAUUAAAUGCAGCCAUGGAGCAGCGGUUCAAAGUCUUUCCGCGAGUGUUUCUCUUAUUUUAUUGCCUGUUGGCAGGCCGAAAAAACUUAAAUAUCCAAGCUCUGGAAAUUCCACCGGCCUUUUCCUGCUUUUAAUUCUUCUGGUGGUUUUGGAAGAUUCGUUUGCAAGAGAAGCCCAGACGACCCAGGGAGACACGGCCAUACCUGGUGCAACCCUUGGAGUUAAUGGGUCUUCAAAGGUGCCCUUCCCACCUCCACCUCCUCAUCUACGAAAACGUUACACUCUGACCCCAGGACGGCUCAAGGGAUCAUUCAACUUAACAUACAAGUAAGAAAAUUCUGUCUUUCCCAAAAACCUGAUUGACAAAAGCCAGACGAGGAAAGGGCUGGCUGCAGCUUUCCGUAUGAGCGAUGUCUCCCCCUUCACCUUUCGCGAAGUGCCGGUUAGCGCCUCCAGCGACCUCACCAUUGGUUUCUACCCCAUCGACCACACGGAUUGCGUGGAAUCGCAGAUCCAUCACUGUUUCGAUGGCAUCACGGGUGUGGCCCACGCCUUCUUCCCGCAGACGGGGGAGAUUCAUUUCGACGAUCACGAGUACUGGAUUGUCGGGGACACUCGAUUCAGCUGGAAAAAGGGAGUCUGGCUGACAGACCUCGUUCACGUGGCCGCCCACGAAAUUGGCCACGCGUUGGGUCUCAUGCACUCUCUGGAUCCCAACGCUUUGAUGCAUGUGAACGCCACCCUGACGGGGAAGGACACGAUCUCGCAGGACGAGAUGUGGGGGAUGUACCGGCUUUAUGGCUGCAAAGAUCGACUCUUUAUAUGCCCAUCAUUGAGCCGGAAAGGUUACUGUCGAACGCGCCAACGGUUUAUGAAAAAGCACUGUCCAUACAGCUGUGAUUUUUGCUUGGCGUUCCCUUUUCCGACAGUGAUCCCCACCCCGCCACCCCCAAGGAUGAAGACCAGGCUCGUCCCCGAAGGCCGGAAUGUGACUUUCCGAUGUGGCCAGAAAAUCAUUCACAAAAAGGGGAAAGUUUAUUGGUAUAAGGAGAAGGAAUUGCUAGAAUAUUCCUAUCCUGGCUACCUGUUUCUGAACGGCGACCACAUGAGCAUUAUAGCCAACGCCAUCAAUGAAGGAACAUAUACUUGCAUCGUGAAGAAAAAGUCCAAAGUCUUGACCACAUAUUCUUGGCGAGUCAAGCUGAAGCAUUAAUGUGGACUGUGUGAAAGGACUUACAGACCCCCCCCCCCAAGUCCUUCUGUGUGGGUCCACUUCCUCACCUCUGUUGCCGUAUUGCACUUUCAACAGCCGAUCCGCACUCACGAAAACCAGUCCUGCAAAAAUACUGGUGUCUUUCCUGUUUUUUUUAUUCUUGGCCAAGCCUGCUGGGGAUGUUAGGAUGUGUAGUCGAAGUCAUAAAGGAGUCCAAGGGGAGGAGAAAUAGACUACAAUAUGAACUAAAAUAUCUGCUUUUUUUUUUUUUUACAGUUGCUAAUAUUCUUUAGGAACCAUUUUACACAUAUUUUCACCUACGUUCUGCUAUAAUCUGGAGCCUGGUACUCUUGUCAUCGAAAUUGGUUUAUUAAAUUUGUUUUUUUCCUCUUUCCCGGAGCUGUCCAAAAUGGCAUAUAUAAUAACACCCCUCCCUCCAAUUUCCUUGGAUCGCUUCAAAACAGAGGAGCAACUAAAAUUUUAUAGCCAAGGCCUUCAUCAUUUCUACAAUUUAGUAAAAGAUCCCAGCAUAUAAUGAAAUUCCUGGGCUCAGUUAUUUCCGCAAAGCAAACCUUGCACAAAACAAGUUUGCAAAUUUCACGCACUGCCUCUGUUUUCCUGAAAAAUAAGACCUCCCCGGAUAAUAAGCCCCGUCGGGCUUUUGAGCGCAGGCACUAA